UAAAUCUCGAAUCUAAAAACAGAAGUGGUUCAUAAUAUAAUCAUUUCCACCCUGUUUCUGGUUUUUAUACAUUUAACCCGCGUCGUCGCGCACAAACGGACGUCGUCUCGCUCUCACUUCCUGGUGUCGCAUCGUUUUCUGUCCCCCCGCAAAAUGGCGAACGUCGCCGCCGCAGCUGCUGCGGCCGCAGCCGCCGCUGCCGCCGCCAACAGAGACCCAGCCGUCGACCGGUCGCUACGGUCCGUGUUUGUGGGGAACAUUCCGUAUGAAGCCACCGAGGAGCAGCUGAAAGACAUAUUUUCUGAAGUGGGACUUGUUGUCAGCUUCAGGUUAGUAUAUGACAGGGAGACAGGAAAGCCAAAGGGAUAUGGCUUCUGUGAAUAUCAAGACCAGGAGACGGCUCUCAGUGCCAUGCGGAACCUGAACGGGAGAGAGUUCAGUGGUCGGGCUCUGCGUGUUGACAACGCAGCCAGUGAGAAAAACAAGGAAGAGCUCAAAAGUUUGGGAACAGGAUCCCCCAUUAUCGAGUCUCCUUAUGGGGAUAAUGUCCAGCCAGAGGAGGCCCCAGAGUCCAUCAGCAGAGCUGUGGCCAGUCUGCCUCCAGAGCAGAUGUUUGAACUCAUGAAACAGAUGAAGCUGUGUGUGCAGAACAGUCCCCAGGAGGCGAGGAACAUGCUGCUGCAGAACCCUCAGCUGUCUUACGCUCUGCUGCAGGCCCAGGUGGUCAUGCGAAUCGUUGACCCUGAGAUAGCCUUGAAAAUGCUCCACCGUCAAACCACAGUCCAGCCUCUGGCUCCCAGCGGACAGGGUGGAGGAGCACCGCCCGUCAAUCCUCCGCCUGCACAGCCCAGCGUGCCAGUGUCUCAGCCGCAGCCUGUGCCUGGAAUGCAUGUCAAUGGAGCCCCUCAGAUGAUGCAACCCCCCAACAUGGGUGUUGUCCCAGGACCAAUUCCUGGACCGGUACCGGGACCUGGAACAGGACCAGUGGGACCUCCAGGACCAGGUGGAAUCCCCCCCAGAGGCCUGCUGGGUGAUGGUCCUAAUGACCCCAGAGGGGGAACUCUGCUGUCUGUCACUGGAGAGGUCAUAGACCCCAGCCGCGGCUACAUGCCUUCUCAACCACAACACCAAGUCCCACCUGUACACAUGGCCCCGAUGGCGGGUGGACCCCCUCCAGAUAUGAGAGGACCACCGAUGGACAUGAGGGGCCCACCUAUGGGUGAACCCCGGAACAUGAUUGGUGACCCAAGAGGGCCCCCGAUGAUGGAGCCACGGGGACCUCCAAUGGAAACUAGAGGUCGAGACCCGAGGGCGAUAGAUGCUCGUGGGCCAGCUGCUGCGCAGAGGGUUCCCAUGGCAGGGGCAAUGCAAGGUCCCGUCGCUCACAGCAUGGGUCCUAACGCUCCUCCACCUGCAAGACCGGGUUCUGGUAUUUCUGGUGGUCCUCCCUCAGGUGGCGGCUUCAGUCCGGGUCAGAGUCAGGUCUCCACACAGGACCAGGAGAAGGCCGCCCUGAUCAUGCAAGUACUGCAGCUGACCCCCGAACAGAUCGCCAUGUUGCCCCCAGAGCAGCGGCAGAGCAUUCUCAUCCUCAAAGAGCAGAUUCAGAAGACUGCGGGGGGUGCACCAUGAAGACCCUCGUCAGGUGGAGGUUUUCUUUUUCCGCCCAUCCUGGCUCCACACUGAACCCGUCACCUGCAGCUUCAACAUGUCUGAAGAUGCCUCUUCUUGUAGUCUGGAACAUUGUAUAGUUUUUUUUAAAUCAUAUGGUCUGUUUUCUGUAUGAAAGAGUCAAGUUGGAGCUUUUGGAUUCAAAAAUAAGCAAAUCUUGUGAGAAUGAUGCUGAAAAGUGAGUUUCAUUCUUUUCCCCUCCAAAGCUGUUUUCAUAUUAUUGUUCUGGAAACUUUCUGAAUAUUGUUUUGUCAAUAAAACAAACAAAGAAAUAGUA